AUCCUUUUUCAUCCCUCUUCUUUCCUUUCAGUUGUGAAUUUGCAGUUUCAUGUUCAACUGGCAACAAUGCAUACUGCAAAGCCCAGGAUGGUGGUCCCAUAUGGCCUCAAGACUCUACUUGAAGGAGUGAGCAGAGCUGUUCUCAAAGCUACUCCCUCCAACAUCACUGAGUUUGCUGCUGAGUAUUUCAAAGAACUGAUAAAUUUUCGAGAAGAACAUCCUAAUUUAGAUAUCAAAGAACUGGUGAGAGAAUUUCAUGUGACAAGAGUGGAGGGAUGGGCAGAAGGACCAGGAGCAGCAACACAGAUGCCCCGUUCUAAAAGGGCAGACGUUGGAGAUGCAUUUCGGUCAGAUCUUGACACGAUUCCAAUUCAUGAUGAACCCAAACGGAAGGAGAAAUCGACAGACACAGAAGAGGACCAGAUAAGCGAAGAGUCUCGUGAACUGAGCACCAAAACUACUCAAUUCCCAUCUACUGUUGACGAAUUUGUAGAAAAAGUUGGAGAUGACAAGGGAGCAGGACUCGCUUAUAUCCCAGCCGAUCCAGCUCAGCUAGCAUCACAAAUGCUAGCCAUGGCAACAAGCGAACCAGGACAGCCACCACCAUAUUCUAAUGUGUGGACUCUCUAUUGUCUAACUGAUUUGAAACAACAAGGUCGUAAGUCACCACCACCUCCACCACCCCUUCCACCUGUUGGAACUGGUGCUACUGUUCCCCAAGCAACCCUAUUCAUAUCUAGUGGUAAGGACCAACCGCAGUAUCUACAGCCGCAGAUGUUACAACAAGGUCAACCACCACAAGUGUCCUCUCCAACUUAUGUGAUGAUGGAAGAUGGGAAGAAGGGAAAUGCACCACCUUUCAUUUUAGUGGGCUCUUCUGUUCAGAAUAAACAGGACUGGAAACCUAUCCCAGGCCAUGCUGUUCUCACACAGCCGGACGCUGCUGGUACUGUGAGGAGGUUCGCUACAAUUCCCGUACCAAUCGCCAGGGCAGCGGAUCCAAAAAUGGCCAACCCCAAUUUUAACCCUGCACAAGAUAGUGGCAGGCCGCCAACUCCAGUUUUUCUUUCAGUUGCCAUUCCUCUGGAAGAUGUGAUGAAUGGGAAGAAUGGCUCAGGAGCUGGGGAUAAAGCAGCUUUUGCAGGCAGUUACGGUAUAGCAGGAGAGAUCACGUUUACAACUGCCUCCGUACGCAGGACAGAAUAGCAAAACGAUUGAGAAGAAGUGCUGUCCAACAUUUCACCCCAGAACGGAAAGCUGCAUCUUUAAUUUAAAAUUGAUUAACUAG